AUGUCUUAUCUAAUAAACGCAGUUCGUAGAAUAAAAUGCUCGUAUUCACUUGCAGACCUCCAAGCUAAAGUUAGAUCUGCAACUUCGAAUGCUCCAGGAUGUGCAAAUUGUACAUUAAUGGCUGAAAUUGCUGAAGCAACAUUUAUUCAUGAUAACUUUUUAGUAAUUAUGGAGAUUCUUGAGGAAAGAUUAACAUAUCGUGAUAAAAAUUGGAGGCAUGUUUUCAAGGCACUUAUUCUAUUAGAUUAUUGUCUUCACAUAGGAUCACAGGAGGUCGUUAUAUACACAAAAAAAAAGUUAAACUUAGAACCUUUAAGAAAAUUUCAAUACAUUGAUGAUGAUGGGAAAGAUCAUGGCCGUUAUGUUCGACAUAAAGCUGAGGAAAUUGUUAAUGACAAACAUUUACAGUAUGAAAGAAAAAAACAUGAUGAUUUGAGACAAAGACUGCGUCAUAAUAACGAAAAUGAUAAUGAAGAGGAUUUUCCUGGGACUAGUAAUAAUGACGAUCAAGAUAAUCAACCACCUGAUAUUACGAAUGAAGAGACAACCCCUUCGCCACAAUCACCAAAACCACCAACACCUCCUCCAGUUAUAAAGAAUGAGCCAAAAAAUGGAAUAGUCAAUGAGAGUUUGUUAGAAUGGCUUGAUGAGGCAAUUCGGAACGAACACAUUAAUUUUUAUGAAUAUAGUAAGUUUAGAAAUAUUCAAAAAAUUGGCUCAGGUAGUUCUGGAAAAGUUUAUAAAGCGAUAUUUAGAAAUGGCAGAACUUUUGCUUUGAAAUCCCAUAAAGAUGGUAUAACAAAUAUGAAAGAAGUUAUUAAUGAGUUGAAAUUAUUACGUAAAGUUGACUAUCAUCAAAAUAUUAUUCGUUUCUAUGGCAUUACUAAGAAUGAAGAUAGUGGAACACUAAGAAGCUAUCUACAAGAAAAGCCUGGAUCAAUCAGUUGGGAUCUAAAACUGCAAUUCGCAUAUGAGAUUGCAUCAGCUGUUUCAUGUCUACAUGAAAACAAUAUUAUCCACCGAGAUUUGCAUUCAAACAAUUUCUUGGUUCACCAAAAAACCAUAAAAUUGGCAGAUUUUGGACUCUCUCGUAAAAUAUUUGAACCUGCAACCACUUCAACAUUCAAAUUGGCAGGAAUAAUAGCUUACAUUGACCCACAAUGUUUCAAGCAUAGCAAUAAUCUAAAUAAACAAGUAUAUAAACCAAACAAAAAAUCAGAUGUAUACAGUGUGGGUGUUUUAUUAUGGGAAUUGACUAGUAGCCGACCACCUUUUAGUAAUCUUGAUCCACAUCUUCAAGGAUUUACCUUAGCAAUUGAUAUUUCCCAUGGAACUCGUGAGGAACCCAUCCCUAAUACACCUGAUGAAUAUGUUAAUUUAUACAAAGCAUGUUGGCAGGACGACCCAAAGAGCAGGCCUGAUAUUCAAGAUGUUGAAACGAUGCUUAAUGAAAUGAUUUCAGGCUCAAAUAUAGUUGAUAGAGAGGAAAUUAAUGAGCAACAAAGAAAUGAAGACAGCAGUUCUUUCAGUCAUCUCGGUACUAUUUUAACAGAACCUACCAGUAUUGAUAAUCUGCAAACACAAUUUGAUAAGAUUGUUGAAGUUGAUUUAAUCAAAGAAGAGUAG